CGUGUGAAUAGAUUCAAACAUAUUCAUUUUGAACAACAAUUUCAUUCUUUUAUAAAUGAGAAUUUAAGUCAAGUGUUGUAAUCAAAAACCGUUUUAUUUUGCACACAUUACUGAGUUUCAAACAUGAACACAAAUAGUGGUGACCAACUGAAAGCAGCAGCUGAAACAGGUGAUAUAGAUCUCCUUUACACAGUAAUUCAUCAUGAUCCAUGGAUUUUGGAGAAUAUAGAUUCAAUACCAUUUGUUGAAACUCCAUUGCACAUCGCCGCAUCUUUGGGGCAUAUCCGAUUUGCCAUUGAAAUUAUGAAAUUGAAACCUUCCUUAGCUUUGAAGCUAAACCCGCAAGGAUUCAGCCCCGUUCAUCUCGCUAUGCAAAACGACCAAAAGAGGAUGUUGUUUCGGUUUGUUUGCAUGAAUAAUGAUCUAGUUAGAAUCGAAGGGAGGGAAGGCUUAACUCUUCUUCAUUUUGCAAGUCAAAUUGGUGAGGUUGACUUUUUAGCUAAAUUCCUCUUUGUUUGUCCGAAAUCCAUUGAAGAUGUGACUGGGAAGGGUGAGACUGCACUGCAUAUUGCUGUUAAGAACGAACAGUAUGAGGCUCUUGAUCUUCUUGUUUGCUUUCUUAGAAAAAGUAUCGUGAGAGGUGCUAAGAUGAUUCAAUAUGAAAUACUAAAUUGGAAGGAUGAGGAUGACAACACGAUUAUGCAUAUUUUAGCACAAAGAAAUUUCGAGCCACAGGUAGUAAAGGCACUUGGAUUGUUGUUAAAGACAAGAAUAAAUUUGGAGGCAAAGAACUUGGAGAAUAAAACUGCGUUGGACAUGGCAGCCAAUGUAGAUAUAAGGAAUAUAUUGUUGUAUGCUGGAGCAAAAUCGAACUCACAAAUCACCGAUGAUCCCACACUUGCACAUAAACUUAGAUCAAAUACUACAAUCAGACAUAAAGUGACAACUUUUAUAUUUCGCAUUAGAAGUAAUAUAUUAAAGGAACAACGUAACACUUGGUUGAUAGUUGCGACUCUUGUUGCAACAGCCACGUAUCAAUCAGUACUGAGUCCCCCUGGUGGAAUUUAUCAGGUUAGUGCUAGUGAUGGCAAUCACCUGAACAAUAACAUCACUUCCUCCAAUUCUACUAUAUAUACACCAACCAAUGCCGGGAAAUCAGUGUUGUCAGGACAAUUAUUUUUUCCGUUCUUAAUUUUAAAUUUAAUUUCCUUUUUUUUUUCAAUUAUAGCAAUAAUUUUUAUGAUACCUAGAGGAAUAAUAGGUUAUCUAGUGGCCACUCCAGUGGUCUGUUUUGCUAUUAAUUAUUUAUUUUCUUUGUUUACAAUAUCCCCUACAGUUGUCAAUUCCCUGAUUGUUCUCAUCAUUGUUUUUUCAAUUUUUGUUGCCAUGUGGAGUGAACUUUUGUUAAAAAUUUACGAUGAUCUUAAGCCCGUAAUUGUUAAGAAAUUGAAUAGAUGAUAGUUAAAGAAAUAUUGUGGCAAUAGGAGAAACAUCAAUCAUUGUUAUGAUCAAGAGAUAGAUAAAUGGUGUACGCUCCCUAAUGAUAUCUGCAACUCAGACUGCUGCCCAAAUUUACAGACAAUAUCGCAACGUCCAUUUGCAGUUUUCAUUGUUAUUGUUUCUUGUUAACUUUAGAUAGUUGUGAGUGAUUCCAUGUAUUAAAUAUUUUAGACAUAUAGCUUGCUUUCUAUUCAAUGCAUGUGUAUUAUUAAUUGUUGUUUGGAAGAAAAGUGAC